AGAUCAGAUUCUCUCCUGGAAUGUUCACUUAUAUAGAGUGGAACAAACCCUGCUGAAGAGAGAGCUUACCAAACCCCUCAUUUUAACUUUGAUAUUUGAUCACUUACCAUUUUACAAAGUACAGCAGUUGCUCUAUAACCCUUGAAGAAGAGAGGAGAAAGUUGGGAGAGAGAACAUAUAGCUCGGUAGUUAUGGGUGAACUGGUGGAAGUACACUCGAGCCCAGCAACAAGACGGCCUGUGGCCAUUGCAGCACCUCCAUUUCAACUCAAUUGCCCAUCAAUGACUCGAUCACCACUACUUGAUUCGGGCCCCAAAACCCCCAAGAGCCCCUUUGUUACACGUUUGAUGACUCCUGUGGCUAGCCCCAUGAAAAAGGCAAUUUCAAGCAUGCAAGGUUACUUGGAAGAAUUUGGACACUUCACCAAGCUUGACCCACAGGAAGCUUGGCUUCCCAUUACGGAGUCCAGAAAUGGUAACGCAUACUACUCGGCGUUUCACACACUCAGUUCAGGAAUAGGAUUUCAAGCGCUUGUUCUUCCUCUAGCUUUCAAAAUUCUUGGUUGGGUCUGGGGAGUUAUAUGCCUAUCACUGGCUUUUAUUUGGCAGUUAUAUACACUUUGGUUACUGAUUCAGCUUCAUGAAUCAGAAUCUGGAAUGCGGUACAGCCGAUACCUCCGACUUUCCAUGGCUGCUUUUGGAGAAAAACUAGGGAAACUACUAGCUCUUUUCCCCAUCAUGUAUCUAUCGGGCGGUACCUGCGUGACCUUGAUCAUGAUCGGAGGUGGGACCAUGAAGAUUUUCUUCCAGAUCAUGUGUGAGAACACAUGCAGCGUAAAACCACUCUCUGUUGUAGAAUGGUACGUGGUGUUCACUUGCUUGGCCAUUAUUCUGGCUCAACUUCCCAACUUGAACUCUAUUGCCGGAGUUUCCCUUGUUGGAGCAAUCACGGCCAUCAGCUAUUGCAGUUUGAUAUGGAUUGUGUCUAUUAUUCAAGGUAAGCCGGAGGCCGUGUCCUAUGACCCGCCUGAGGCAAAAACGGAAGUGGCCAGGCUUUUCAAUAUUUUUAACGCACUUGGGAUAAUCGCGUUUGCUUUUAGAGGCCAUAAUCUCGUGCUAGAAAUACAGGGUACAAUGCCUUCCAGUGGAAAGCACCCUUCCCGUCUACCAAUGUGGAGAGGAGUGAAAUUCGCGUACUUGAUUGUUGCGACCUGCUUGUUUCCCCUUGCAAUCGGUGGCUAUUGGGUUUACGGAAAGUUGAUGCCUGAAAAUGGAGGGAUGCUAGGUGCUUUGUACAAGUACCACAAGCACGACACAUCAAAGUUGCUUCUAGGGAUAGCAAGCCUACUCGUUGUAGUUAACAGCCUCAGCUCAUUUCAAAUAUAUGCUAUGCCCGUAUUCGACAAUUUGGAGUUCAGAUAUACAAGCAAAUGGAGAAGGCCAUGUCCGCAAUCGCUUCGCACAGGUAUCAGAGUUUUCUUCGGAUGUUUGGCAUUCUUUAUUUCGGUGGCACUACCAUUCUUGCCAAGCUUGGCGGGGUUGAUCGGGGGGAUUGCAUUACCGCUCACUUUGGCAUAUCCCUGUCUCAUGUGGGUGAUAAUCAAGAAACCUCGGAAAUUCAGUCCAUGUUGGUGCCUCAACUGGGGACUCGGAGUAUUAGGAAUGGUCCUCAGUGUCUUAGUGACUACUGGAGCAAUAUGGGGCAUAGUGACCAAGGGAAUAAAAAUUCACUUCUUUAAACCCCAGUGAGCAACGGCUGCAUGAUCAUAGAUCUUGCUUAUCAAGACUGACCAACAAGCCUUUGAUCUCCUAAACUGAAUACCACGAAGGAAGCAACAAUGUCAAACAUGUGCGACUUCUUUGAAUGGUCUUAUAAUCCCUGUGCAUUGGCUUAAGUCUUAACUGAUAUAUACAUAUAAAUCCUCGUGUAUUACACCUUAAUAUAUAUGAAAUCACCUUAUCAACAUGCCUGUUUGCCAAAACAUAAGAGUAGCAUAAUUUUAUCUUCAGUUA